GACCGCGGGUGAGUGUGGCGGUGCUUGACUUGCUGGUAGCAGAGGACCGGAGUGCGAGCUAGCAAGCCUCUUGAGGGGUCGGAGCGUGGAGUGGCCCCAGCUGCAUCCUAGGAGAAAAUGUCAGGCCUUUGAACAUAAUUGCACUUGCCAAACCUGACUCGUCUGCUGGGACUUCACGUGCUGUGGACUAGGUAGGAUGGUGGAAGUGUGAUUCUGCUAAGCAUAAGGCCUCUUGGUUGCCCCCAAGGCGCCAUGAAUGCCAUUGUCGCCCUCUGUCACUUCUGUGAGCUCCACGGCCCCCGUACUCUCUUUUGCACGGAAGUUCUACAUGCUCCUCUGCCCCAAGGUGCUGGAAGUGGGGACAGCCCUGGCCAGGGGGAGCAGGCUGAGGAGGAUGAGGGCGGCAUCCAGAUGAGCAGCCGGGUCCGUGCUCACAGCCCAUCUGAGGGGGCCAGCGCCGAGUCUAGCAGCCCAGGGCCCAAGAAGUCGGACAUGUGUGAGGGCUGCCGGUCGCUUGCUGCAGGGCACCCAGGCUAUAUCAGCCAUGACAAAGAGACCUCGAUUAAGUACGUCAGUCACCAGCACCCCAACCACCCCCAGCUCUUCAGCAUUGUCCGCCAGGCCUGUGUCCGGAGCCUGAGCUGUGAGGUAUGCCCUGGCCGUGAAGGCCCCAUUUUCUUUGGGGACGAGCAGCAUGGUUUUGUGUUCAGCCACACCUUCUUCAUCAAAGAUAGCUUGGCCAGGGGCUUCCAGCGCUGGUACAGCAUCAUCACCAUCAUGAUGGACCGGAUCUACCUCAUUAACUCCUGGCCCUUCCUGCUGGGGAAGAUUCGAGGGGUCAUUGAUGAGCUCCAAGGCAAGGCCCUCAAGGUAUUUGAGGCCGAGCAGUUUGGGUGCCCACAGCGUGCCCAGAGGAUGAACACAGCCUUUACACCUUUCCUGCACCAGAGGAAUGGCAAUGCUGCCCGUUCGCUGACCUCCUUAACCAGUGAUGACAACCUGUGGGCGUGUUUGCACACCUCCUUUGCCUGGCUCUUAAAAGCGUGUGGCAGCCGACUGACAGAGAAGCUCUUGGAAGGCGCACCAACCGAGGACACUCUGGUCCAGAUGGAGAAGCUCGCUGACUUAGAAGAGGAAUCAGAAAGCUGGGACAACUCUGAGGCUGAAGAGGAGGAGAAAGCGCCUGUGUUGCCAGAGGGUGCGGAAGGGCGGGAGUUAACCAAAUGCCCAGCAGAUUCACCCUUACUCUCAGAGUGUGGAAACUGGCAGCCCCGAAAGCUGUCGGUCUUCAAGUCCCUUCGGCACAUGAGACAGGUCCUGGGUGCAACAUCUUUUCGUAUGUUGGCCUGGCAUGUCCUCAUGGGGAAUCAGGUGAUCUGGAAAAGCAGAGAUGUGGACCUUGUCCAUUCAGCAUUUGAAGUUCUCCGGACCAUGCUGCCUGUGGGCUGUGUCCGCAUCAUCCCAUAUAGCAACCAGUACGAGGAAGCCUAUCGCUGCAACUUCCUGGGGCUCAGCCUGCACGUGCCGAUCCCCGCCCAUGUGCUGUCCUCAGAAUUUGUGGUCAUCGUGGAGGUCCACACAGCCACACGUUCUAACCUCCCCCUGGUUGGGUGCGAGGAUGACCAGUCUCUCAGCAAGUAUGAAUUUAUAGUGACCAGUGGGAGCCCCGUGGCUGCAGACCGAGUUGGCCCCACUAUCCUGAAUAAGAUUGAAGCAGCUUUGACCAACCAGAACCUGUCUGUGGAUGUGGUGGACCAGUGCCUUGUAUGCCUCAAGGAGGAGUGGAUGAACAAAGUGAAGGUCCUCUUUAAAUUCACCAAAGUGGACAGUCGCCCCAAGGAAGACACACAGAAGCUCCUGAGUGUCCUGGGCGCAUCUGAGGAGGACAAUGUCAAGCUGCUUAAGUUCUGGAUGACGGGCCUGAGCAAAACCUACAAGUCACACCUCAUGUCUACGGUCCGCAGCCCCUCAGCUGCAGAGCCUCGCAACUGACCCCGAUGGGGUUUGGCUCUGUGUGCACCCUUGAGCAAAUGGUGGUGCAGUGCAUGAUUGUCCUCCAGAGCCUCAAGAAGAGGGACUGCCUUGUGUUUCUGAAGUGCUGAUGUAGAGCUGUGUUGUCCUGGCAAGGAGUGGAAACUGCUGGGCUUGGCUUUGCCCUUCUUGUGGGGCUUGUGUGGGUCUCAGUGCAGCCCACAGCUGUUGGAAGACAGGGACAGCGGGCUCCCCUGAGCUGGGCAGCCUUGUGCCUGAGACUUUCAAGAGGGCAUGUCUGUUGUGCCUCUCGAUGAGAGCUCAGAACCAGCAGGAGGAGUGGGUUGAGCCGGGCCUGACUUGUGCAUUUCAGCUGCAGUAACCAUCCUCUCUUGGGGUUAGCAUUAUAGAACCUUCCUGCUUUGAAACUCAGUAAGAACUUUCUGGUUUGUGUUUGUAUGUUUGCUACACUUGUGAAUAUUCAGGACAUAUGCCCAACCAUAGUCUCUUUUUUUAGUAAUCUGCUUUUUAGUUGGGGCCCUAUCAAGGCUCUUGGGGGAUGAAGUGGCUGUUUUCCUCAUCUCUGAGUACUGUAAAGUUCCCCAUCACAUCAUGGUCUCAGUCCCCCUAGGCUGUCUAUGGCAUGAACCUGCAGCUGAACAGUGCAGCCCCUGGUCUCUAACAAAGAUGAGGCUUUGCUAAAGCAUCCAGUCUGUUAUCCCUUGACUCACUAAACUCGCUGUGGACAUCAAAGCCCACUAUGAGUUUAUUCAAUGUCACUUUUCCCUCUAUUGCUGCCUUCAACAUUUACCUGUGGCUUCAGGUAACAACUUCCCGAGUAUGGUGAUUGGAGACAAUUUUGUCAUCCCAUCAUACAGCUUUAAUAAGGAUUUACAGCUUGGAGGGAUUUUCUGGCGGCUUCUCCAACUUGUUUAUAAUGUUUUACAUGUUUGUUUAAUUUAUAUUUGACAUGAAGACUAAGCUUAUGUGUUUAGGUCUCUGUAUAAUAUAAGAACAUUGAAACACAGUAAAUAUGUAUUUUUGUAAAUUGCUGACUACAUGGUUUUGUUUGAUGGCUAAUAAUUAGUUGUGCUUACUUACAGGAAAUGCACUUUUGUGAGCUGAGAAAAGCAUAGUUGGUGAUUGUGUUGUGCAAAUGUCAUAGAGUUGGCUUGCACAAAUGGCUCCAACAUCGCUAGAUGAUACAUCCUUAUAGAACCAAUGUUAUAUAUGUGGUCCCUUGUCGACCGAAGUGUGUCACAUGACUCAUGGUUAAAAUGACACUAGCGACUGGCAGGUACUCAGUGGUGUGAAAGGUGAAGUCACUGUGGUGAUCCUGGAUGGUAUUCGAAAAGUUACUCGAGCUGGUGGCAGAGAGGAGAUAACUCUUGGAGAGUCUGCGUCAUGUCUCAGCAUUUGUACAACUUCAGCAAAUGACUCGGUUCCUAUAGAUAUUUUAAGAGGACUGUGUCGGGAAGCAUGCCUGUGUGAAAGUGGCAUACCUUAACUGGGAGAUCUGUGUUUUGACCAUCUAAUAGGAGUAGGAAGGACACCCUGACUUGUGAGGUCACGAGUAAAUGAAGGGAGGAGGUGUGUGCCUGCUGUUGUCACCGCUUUGGGAGUGGGUCCUGCUUGUUUUUCCAGUGCAUGACAUUCCCUGGAUCACUGUCCUUGAAGUCAAACAAGAGUCUUCCCAUUUGCCUGCUAGUCCAGUGACCGAGUUCACUGGGUAAGUAGUAGGCUGACAUGAGUUAGCUGUGCAUUCAUGUCACAGGGAAGUGUGACCUGCAUUUCCCAUGUGUAAGAAGACUGUAUGAGUGAGCACAAAGGGUCCAGUAGUGACGAGGCUUUCUAGAUUGCUGUCAUCUUCCUCCUGAAAACAACGUACCUCUUUUUCCUUUGCUAUUGUAUGCAGUUCUAGAUGAAUAACUUCAUUAACUGCUAAUGGGAAUGACAACUUUUCUGGGUUCUCUGACAAGCUCUGUUUUUAAAAUCUUUAAAUGCUUCCUCUUUCAUGAGGCCAUCUUUGGAGUUAGACCUUUAAGAGGUGGGGCCUCCCACUCUUGGGCAUAUAGCUGAAAGAGUGUAAAUCAAGAUAGAAGAGAGAUACUUGCACACCCAUGUUUAUUGUGGUGAUGUCCUGUAACCCUAGCUACUUGGGAGGCUGAGAUUGGGAGAUUGGGAGGAUCGCAGUUUGAGACCAGC